AUGGAUCCAAACCCUCUUAGCCAAGCUGCAGCAAUCAUCGCCACAAAGGUCGCAAACAAAGAACCCAUUGAAGUCCCUCUGCACUGCAUCUACUGGAGCGAUGGUCACGAACACAGAAUACCCAAGACUGCCAACCUCGAGAAACAAGACCCAAGCAGCUACCUUGAAACGCUAAGCAAGAAAUAUUCCGAGCUCUACAAGGUCAAUCUCAAGUUUACGAGUCUGCCACGCAACUAUACGGUCUGGCGAGCCGUGGAGGGCGGCCACGUCUAUGUCCACGGCCAUCUCAGGGGCAGAUUCCGUUCGGCUGAACGGUUCUGUUACCAUGUCUGGAGCCUACUGAACAACGAACUCGAGAACUGUAACUGCGAGGUCUGCUCCUGA